ACACUCGGUGGACACAGUGCACUGAAGGACCCCAACACCGAACUGAAAAUACAAAACACAAGAGAAAACUUCUUUAAACUCCACGUUUAUACAUUUAAAUAAUUUAAUACUAGUUCCUCCUCUUUUUUCUAAACUUCACAAUGUUCAUCCCGUCACAAAAAUCAGCACCAGAUCUGAAAGGAUUUACUCUCAUCAUGCCCGUGGUUGCCGUGGGUAACGUGGGACAGUUGGCGGUGGACCUCAUUAUCUCCACCUUUGAUAUGUGUCGAGUGGGCCACAUCCACACAGACUGCCUCAUCCCAAUGGCAGGAAACAACCCGUACAGUACCCGAAAAGAGGAUGCAGAUGGAGUGCACACCGCUGCCGAAGUUUACAUGUCCAGAGAAAUUAAGCUGGCAGUUCUUCAGAUCCGGUCCCCUGUCAUUCAGAAAAGAACCAAAAAGUUUCGUCAGGUGCUUGUGUCUUGGAUCAAAGCCAGUAGUUUUUCCAGGACGAUAGUGCUGUCUGGUAGUCACGCUUAUCAAAGGGAUGACAGACAGCUGCAAGGGUCUCCUCUGAGGUAUCUGGUCACCCCGUCCAUGCUGAAGUUGAGUGAGGAAGCUCUGAAGGAGCUGGGGUGGCUAGAGAUGGAAAAAGUUCAGACUUUUCCUGGUUUAACCGAUGGAGCUGCAGAACCACGACUUUACAUCCCAGGAGGUGGCAUCACCAAAGGACUUUACACUGACAGUUGUGCAGAGGACCUCCCACUGGCUGUGCUGUUGCUCUUCUGCUCAGAGGGAGACAACAUCCCAGAUGCAUUCACAUUGAUCAACCAUCUCAACAGCUGGCUCCACCUGCUGGACAAUCCUGGUGAAGAUCAAAACAAGUGGAAGAUUCCACCUUCCUGGACUCUUAUGUUUGGAGGCGGCAUCCCACCUGCACUUUUCUAAAACACAGUUCAUUCCAAGAUGUUGUGGCAAACUAGAAAAUACAACCUAGAUGUUUGCAAACUGAAGCAGUGUGCAAUUCUCAUUUUCAAAAAUAUUUUUCAUGUCUGUUGGCACUUCAGAACCCCUUUUGUAUACAAUUAAACACCUUAACUAAA